CAACAAUUUCAGUCAGUACUUGCACAGGUAGAACUGAGUCACAUUUUGCUGACAGCUCUGGAGGCAGGUAAUACAGACACACCUGUACCUAGGAAAACAACGUCUGAAUUUCAUCACAGAGAGCUUCCAAACCCACAAAGCACAGGUUUAGCAGAAUACAAUAGACGUGGAUAAAGACUGGUUGCAACAAUGACAUCUGUACAAACAAAGAAAGAAGGGAAGGAUCAAGACCGGCAAACUAUUCUGAAACAGAUGAAAGUGCGGACAAAACUGAAAAUGGACAAGAGCUGGAUUAAUCAAGGCUCCGAGGAUGAGAGAGACGAUGUCACCAGCCCUGUAUCUCCACAGCUGAAGGCGCUCGAGGGAAGGAAAGCCUUGUGGUCUCCAACCCCAGAAUCUGAGCCUGACAGAAACUCUGGAAUAUUUACAGCUAAAGAGUUCAUUACAAACUCCUCUUCUCCACCUGUUCAAUCAAUUAACAAACGGUUCUCAUACAGCUCCACUGAAAACAAUACAACACAGUCCACAACAUCUAAGCCAUCACCACCACCAUCCACCACAGGCGGCAACAGGCAAGCAACCUCAUACAUCAUAAGGGGACAGCCAGUAAAUGCGGUCUCUCAAGUGAAAAACCCAACUUUCUUCAAUGGAUACCAGAAAAGCCAAAUCCAGGCUCGGACAACCAGCCUUCCACGAGUCCCAACGGCUACUGGCUACAAAAUGUCUACAGAAGAAUACAAGAAACUGGCACCAUAUAAUAUAAAAAGCAAAUCGGGAGACAAUUCAGAUGACGAGACAACGUUCACACAGCAGGAGCAAGUUAAGAGGACUGAACAAGCGAGCAGUGUGCUGAGGAACACUACAUCUAAAGAUCGCUCAUACGUUAUAUCUGCAGCAAAAAGACAUAGUGGAGUUGUCACACAAGAUUCAGGUACACCUUUUUUAGCCAAAAGGGUUGAUAUACAAGAUGAAGAGAUUGGCACCACCAGGAAGAGUCAGACCCUCCCCAAAAACCUGUCAUCGUAUCUCGCUGAUGAUGCCAACAGGUAUGAAAAUAACUGGGCAGAAACACAAACUAAGCAGACUUCAACUCAGCCAUCUCCAGCUAGGGUGACGGAAAGAAGCAGCAGCCCCAUGCUGACCUCAUAUUCUAUGACCAGCAGUUCCCCUGUAAAACCUGAAGCUGGGAAGAUCACCGUGGUCAGAGAGGAUAGCCGCAAUGAAAACAAAGACGCUUCCAAACCAUCAACACAGAAGGAAAGUACUACAACUGUGCACACAAGAACUGAGAGGGUGUCCGAGAGAAGCAGCAGCCCCAGGCUGACCUCCUAUUCUAUGAUCAGCAAUGUUGAUGGCAGAAGUUCCCCUGUGAAGCCUGAAGCUGGAAAAAUCACAGUGGUCAGAGAGGAGAGCCGCAAUGAAAGCAAAGACGCUUCCAAACCACCAACAGAGAAAGAGAGCUCUACAACUACGCACACUACAAGAACUGAGAGGGUGGAGGCCAAAGACCAGAAGGAUGUGCCGAAAUCGCUUCUCUCAUACCUCUAUGAGGAUGCCAGCAGGUUUGAAAAUAAUUGGAAAGUAAAUCAAAACGCACAACCAGCUUUGCAGACAUCACCUGCACGGGUGGAGGUCAAAGACAAAAAGAAUGAAUCUCUGGCGAAAUCCCUUGAUUUAUAUCUGUCCGAGGAUGCCAGCAGGUUUGAAAAUACUUGGAAGUCAAUGCAAGCACUACAGCCAGCUUUCCAGACAUCACCUGCCAGGGUGGAGGUCAAAGACAAAAAGGAUGAAUCUCUGUCGAAAUCCCUUGAUUCAUACCUAUUUGAGGAUGCCAGCAGGUUUGAAAAUGCUUGGAAAUCAAUGCAAGCACUACAGCCAGCUUUCCAGACAUCACCUGCCAGCGCAUCAGACCGUUCAGAGAGCCCCAAGCUGACAUCCUGGAAUACAGAGACGAGGAGCUCCACCAUCAAACCUGAACCUGGAAAGAUCACAGUUCUAAGACCAGAAAGUGACAAUUUGACACCCAAACCUACCGAGAACAGAACAUCCACCAGAACUGUCACCACCACAGUUGACAGUGGAAACAUCAUUUCCGACAUCCCUAAGCUGAAAUCUUGCAGUGAUAACACUGAGACAAGAAGCUCAACUGUACAAGCAGGACCUGGGAAGAUCACUCUCCUUAGAGAAGAAAGGGAGCCUCCAAAAGUGACGACACAAGCAAGUUCCACUACAAGGACUGUGGAAACCUCUCAUGAAAGUAACAAAGAUAGUCCAGACAUCCCAACCCUGACAUCCUCCACCUUCUCCAGAACUCUCACAGAGAAUUUACCCAUAAUGCAGGCUGGACCUGGAAAAAUCACUAUAAUCAGAGAGGAUAGCCUACCUCCUAAACCUGUCCCCCGAACAGAAUCAAAGCCAAAAGACACCUCAAAUAAUAAACCUUUUGAUCUGAUCAGCUGGACUGAUUUGGAAAACAACUAUGACAACAGACUUCCAAAGGAGAAACCAGCAACAGCCCCAACACCAGUUCCCCGUAUCACCAAUAAGGACAGUGGGAAACCUGCAAAUGAAGCUCCCUUGGCUGUGAUCUCCCCAGAGCUCGAUAAUAAGAGCAUACCCUCAAAUUCAGGAAACAGAAACGUCAAGAUAUCUAUAGAGACAUUAUCUGAGCAACCACAAACAACUGAAAUCCACAAGACCGAGAGAAGCAGCUCUCCAAGCAUAACCUCGAAUUCAGGAAACAGAAAUGUCAAGAUAUCAAUAGAGACAUUAUCUGAGCAACCACAAACAACUGUAACCCACAAAACAGAGAGAAGCAGCUCUCCAAGCAUACCCUCAAAUUCUUCAAACAGAAAUGUCAAGAUAUCAAUAGAGACAUUAUCUGAGCAACCGAAAACAACUGAAACCCCCAAAGCAGAGAGAAGCAGCUCUCCAAGGCCUAGUCCACGUUCCAGAGAAAGCACCAUGACAACCAAAGUCACAGAAUCUAGAUACCGAGUUCCAGAGACACUUGGAGAUACAAUGCUUGAAUCAAGUCCCAGCAGAUCCAGCUCACGUACUACAGUCACUACAACUCGCACCACAGAUCCUGUGUACACAGAUUAUCUAGAAGACCGCAAUACCAGAUCAACACGAACUGUCCAUAACUCAAGGGAAAAUGGUACAACAUCUACCACAGUGGAGACUCGGUAUGACAAUUCUUCCUAUGGAGACACAAGUCCGUACGAUCCUCAGUCUUCCAGCAAAGGAAUCCUUUUUCUGAAGGAGUAUGUCAACACAAGUGAGAAUAUGAAAUCUCCAACCACUGCUGGAAGUCUCCCAGACUUCUCAGGUGAUUCUGAGAUAUCCUACAGCAGCAGUUCCAAUUAUAUGUACAGCAGUGCACCAAGGAGGUCUGAGGAAGGUCCUUGCACUUACUGUGGUCGUGAAAUCAAAGACUGUGCCAAGAUCAUGCUAGACCACCUUAAUAUCUACUGCCAUGAGUAUUGUUUUAAGUGUGGAAUUUGCAAUAAGCCAAUGGGAGAUUUAAUUGACAGCCUCUUUAUUCAUCGGGAUGUGGUUCACUGCGAGAGCUGCUAUGAGAAGCUCUUCUAGUUGGAUGUUACAGCUUAAGGAAGACCAUCAUGGGAACUCUGAAUCAUCAUCAUCAACCAGAUUCUUAUUAUUGGCUAAACAUGACCAAGUUAUUACAAAUUAAAGUAUUUUCUUAAUCGUGUUCAUUUGCUUAUAAUAUGUAAGAUGCAAGUUAUUUACUCAGAGGGAUUGCACCUUUUUACUGUGAUUGACAUCUGUACAUAUUGAAGUGGAGACAGACAGUAUGCAGUACAUACAUUAAUGUCAUAGGCCUCUUCUGACUGUUAUAUAUUCCUUUUAUUGAACAAAUUCUUAUCAAGACAUGAUAUGACUUAGUGCAAUCUGCUUAGUGAAGUUCUAUCUAUAGCAGGGAUAUUGAGUAAGUAUAUAGGGUGACUUGUCUUUUGGCAAUGUAUUUACAGUAUUUACUAUUUUUUCUAAUAAUCAUGUUCUAUUACUCAAAAUUUCCAUUUAACAAGUCCAACCUAUAAAAAGGUUUUUAUGAAUCUAA